AUUAGACUUUUUGCCUUGAGUAUUAUUUAGCAAAAUGAUCUGUAGAAUGUUACUUGUUCAUAUUUAACCAUUUGGGUUUUUGAUUAAUUGGCUUCACCUUGUUGAAGGGAUAAUCACGACGAGGGCAAGGUAGAUGGCCAAUGAAAGCGACCACAACAUAGAGGUAGGUGGGGUUGUGACUACAGAUGCAACUCCAUGUUCAAUGGAUGCGGCAUGCUAUUAUGAAAGAUACAUAGCCAAAGAACCUCGACAAUAUAAAGGCAUGGAAAGACUGCAAUAUGUAGACGAGAUAAUUCGGGGAGAUGAUACAAGCUGUAUCAGUCAACUAAGGAUGCGUAGAAACACGUUUUUUCGUUUAUGCAAUCUUAUGCGAAAGAAAGGCCUACUAAAUGAUACGAGGAUGAUCUGUAUGGAAGAGCAAUUGGCAAUGUUCUUGCAUACUUUAGGGCAUAAUGCUACAAACCGAGCGAUUGGGAGCCGCUUUAGCCAUUCUGGUGAGACGGUUAGUCGACAUUUUCAGAGAGUAUUAAAUGCAGUAGUGGGCUUGUAUCCAGAUCUUGUCAAACCUGCUAGCACUGUCACACCUCCAGAAAUUCUUUCUAAUAAUUAUUGGAGUGCAUAUUUCAAGGAUUGUAUUGGUGCCAUUGACGGGACACACAUCCCAGCAUUUGUUCCUUCGCAUGAGCAAGCAAAAUUUCGUGAUAGAAAGGGCAAUGUGUCACAAAAUGUCAUGGUUGCAUGCUCAUUUGAUUUGAAGUUUCAAUAUGUCCUUGCUGGUUGGGAAGGAUCAGCAUCUGAUGCACGGGUAUUACAAUCAGCACUCACUAGGGAAGAUAAACUUUUUAUCCCUAAUGGGAAAUACUAUGUUGUCGAUGCUGGCUACGCCAAUGUCCCUGGUUUUCUUGCUCCCUAUCAAGGGGUUGACUACCACUUAAAUGAGUAUGGAACCGAGCGAUCACCUCAAGAUAAAAAGGAGCUGUUUAAUUAUCAACAUUCCUUGCUACACAAUGUUGUAAAACGGGCUUUUGGGAUGUUAAAGGCACGCUUCCCUAUCUUGAAGACAUCACCAUUAUACAAGAUUGAAACACAAGUUAAGGUGGUCUUAGCUUGUUGUAUCCUACACAACUUUAUUCAAGGAGUGGGAGGUGAUGUUCUUGAGGUGGAGGCGCACAAUGCUGAAAUAGAUGAGGAGAUUGACUUGGUUGAGGUAGAUGAUGUGGCACAGUCCCAACUGCUAGGAGUAUCCCAAAUGGAAUUCAAUGAUUGGAUAAUGAAGAGGGAUGAUGUAGCAGAGAGGAUGUGGAAUGAUAUCCAUUGUCGACCUCAUCCCAUAGACUCUUGAUUUUACUUAAUCUCUUAUAUUUGGUUGAUUAAAUUCAGCUUUAAUGGCCUUUGUAACCAACUCAAUUUUUUGCGAACACGGAGUUAAUGACAAUUUAUGAUAGAUGUGUUAUGUUUUGAAA